AUGGGCUUUGUUCACACCGAUGAGUACUAUCGGUGCUGUUGUAUGAAACAUGUUCAUGUAAGUUAGACAAGCAUUGAAAAAUUUUAAAAAAGUUUUAAAUUUUUUAGGUAUAAAUUUAAAUUUUUUCAAAUUUUAUAAAUUAAUAUCUAAAAAGAGUUUUAGAUAUUAAUUUUAAUUUUUAAACAAUUCUAAGAUUUUUAGUCACAAUUAAAAAUUUUAGAAAGGCUGUUUUGUGAUUGGAGUGAUUGGCCUUGUAUUGGCCACAAUAACGGCCGUUUGUACCUUUAUGGAUGGGUUGAUUUUGCUUGGUAUAGGAGCAGCUAUACAUGCGUUCUGCUACUUAUUGCUUCUAAUUGGGAAUCGAAAAAGGAUACACAAGCUUUUCCUACCUGUACUGGUUGUUGGGGUAAGUUAAUAGGGGUAAAAUACGUGGAAUAAGGCAGAACGCCUGAGAGGUUAUGCCUGCUAAGCUUAAGGCUAAUAAAAUGAUCUUCAAUACCUAAUUUGAAUCCAUUAUACUUAUAAAAAAACUUAAGUUUACUGGUCCUAAGCCUAAGCCUAACAAUAUUAAACCUAUUAAAAAAUUAAAAAUUUUCAGAUCAUUGCCAUAAUUGUGUACGCAGUAUUUGUAACCCUACAAAUCAUCUCGUUAGUUCAACUCUUCCAAGAAUCUCCGGCUACAGAAAAUGAGCACGAAUACAGUAAUCGUCUCUCACUUUUGAUCAUCAAUUUGGUAUUUACAGUACUAUCUCUACUCUUUUCUCUAUACGCCUUUUAUGUCAUCUACCGUGAUUAUUGGUAUUUGAGGGACGAACCCAAAAAAUACCUUCACAAUCCUCAAAAGGUAGUCACUGAAGUCAGUGUAAUACAACGAACGCCCGACAAUGUCAUGGUGGGUCGGGAGUUUAUUGUGGUUGACAAACAUAGCACUUCUACUGCUUCUACACAUUCAUCGUAAUAGACUGUAUUUCAAUUUUGUCAGCCUUUUUUUACUUUUAAAAUAAUUUUUUUUCAAUUUUAAAAAUUUUGAAAUUUAAAAAAUUAAAAAUAUUUUUUGAAUUUUUAUAAAAUUUUUAAAUUAGCAUUGAACGCGUAUUUUAAUUGUCUAUAACUGCUCAGUCAUUUUCGAACUAAUAAUUUUUUACCGCAUGUACAUAUUAUUACAUAUUACACUCGAUACCAUUAUAAGUAUACCACUACAUCUUCACUAGCCUAAAUGCAUUUGAAUUGUCUAUAACAAUAUAAAACAGCACAUUGUAACGCAUCGUAUCUUUGAAUUUGAAAUAAAAUCGAUAAAACGCAGUGAUUGAACAUCAUGGGACUUAUUAGGUGCCGACAUAAAGAACCCGCCAUUUUUUACAGAAAGUUACAGGUAAAGUAUGGCGGGUUCUUUAUUUCGGCACCUAAUAUUUAGUUUUCGUUUUUGAACUUCAAAACAAAAAUUAUUUCGAAAUAUGCAAAUUUACUCAACAUUAUUAACAAAAAAAGUCAUUUUCAAAUAUAUUUUAGUCUAAAAUUUUUAUUUUGUUGCUUUUGUGGAGCCCGGUCUUCGGUCGGUCUACUUCUCCACAAUUGUGAUAGCAACAAACCUUUUGAAACUUGUGAGCAGAACUUGUUCCUUUGUGGCCAAACAGCUAAAAUACAGGUAAUUUUGGUAUUGGCUUGCACUGUUAUUGGGCCAAUUCAAAAGUUGAAGUUCCCGGAAGGUUCAAUUGUUCAGAAAUACGGUAGGAAUACUGUAAGUUAAUGUUUUUAUAUUGAAGUUCAGGCCAAAAAUUAUAAUUUAGAGUACAGUAAAUUCCCUUUUUGAUGAGUUUAAAGUAUUUAAAAGCUUACUGUAACUUUUUUUUAAAUUUUUUAAAUUUCAGGCUACAGUAUGGCAUGCCAAUUUGACAGUAUGAAAGAUUUGUGGUCCGAACCUCAAGUUGGUGCAAUUUGGGACGAAGAAAAGCUGGGAAAGAAGAAAGAGGUACUAAAGGACCAUGGAGAUGUUGAAGAAGAGGACAAAACCCAUCUUUUGUUACCUAAUUUCAUGGCUGAGGAGCUAAGCUGCCAGAAAAAUUUUAGGUAGGGCGGAUUGUUGUUUUAAAAUAUUUUAUGAAGCUUUUUAAAAUUUUAAAAAUUUUUUUAAUUAAAAAAAAUUUAUCUUUUAGUGUCGGCACAGCCACAUCAACCUCAUGUUACCGUCCGCCACGCAGUAUUGGAGAUCAUCCGACGUUUUUUCAACCAAAACCACUGAAACCUACAGUAUCUGUUGAGCCAGCUAGCCCACAAGUUUUACCAGUAGAGUCAGCUAGUCCAGAAGAGGUAACAGUUGAGCCAAGUAAUGUAGAAAGUGAACUACGCGACAUCUGGAACGACGGUCCGUUGAUGACAUCUACACCUCGGUUGUCUGCCUUCAAUUACGUACCUGGAGCUUUUCAAUCAAAUUACAGUAACUUUGAACAUGAAGCAUGCAGUAAUGACGACGGUUACGGUAACUUGAAGAAUGGUGGAUACGGUAGCGAUAGAAACGAUAGAUGUAAUCGUCUUAUUAAUAUCAAUGGUGGUGGAUAUGAUGGCUACAGUAAUCUACAUGGAAAUGUCUACAGUAACUUCAAACAACCUGACUAUAGUAAUCUCAAAUCAGCUGAUUACAAGGAUCUCAACAAUGGUUACAGUAUUCUUAACCAAGGCAAAUUUUUGCCAAAUUACUGUAAUUUUCAACAAAAAACCCCCAACGGAUACUGUAACAACCUAAGAGGCUACAAUUAUGGUUCAACUUGCACCAGUAAUACCUAUAGUACCGCAGGCGAAUUGACGACCAGUAGCUCUAAACCGGAAAUCUACUCGUAUUUUGACAAGUUCAACAAUUGCCAGAACCAAAAGCUGCUCCAACGGCACCAGUUGUACCAAUUGGACCAAGAAUUUGGACAAUUCGGUCAAUACUCUCAACCUGGACAGCAGAACCAAAUGUCCGCUCUUGAGAGCCAGUUGAGCUUUGAGCAAUGGUGUACCACUCAGUCCAAACUGAGCCAGUUGGACCAACUGAAAAGUCAAAAUAUGAAGGUAGCUAAUGGUAGCAUAUUCGGCCAGCCAAGCCAUUCUACGCCGAUUUUUCAGCCAAGCUUGAUGGAGCCGGCCUUGUACCAGUCUAGCUCCAUUUAUCGACCAAACGAUGUGUUUAACUCUGGUUUUGGAAAAAGAGAACCAGUUGGCCAAAAAACCGUACCACUUGGAACGCCUUUUGAGAAGAUACCACAACUCAACCAAGGAGUACCAUUGGGACCAUUCAAUUUACAAAGUGGGCUGUUUGGACAAAGUAUAAACCAGAGUGUACCAUAUGGAAAAAAUGGUAAACAACGUGGACUAUCUUGUCAACCUGUACCACUAAACUUUUAUAAUUAUGAGAGUGUAGCACUUGGCGGAUCUACUAACCGAGGGGUACCAUUAGGAUUAUCGAUAAGCCAAACUGUACCAGUUCGCUCCACUAUCAAUUCUAAUGUAUCUUUAGGUUCAUAUUCCAAAUACAGUGUACCAAAUCGCCAAUCAACCAAUCAUGGUGUCCCGCCGCGGUAUAUACCAUACCUACGCACCUCCAACGUUACCACGCCCACUUCCCAUUUGAAUACGGAACAGCAACAAGGCUCCAUUUCGCGCAGUAAAAUGGUCUACAUUGAGAAGUUUGGAGGAUUCGGCGGAAACUGUGGCGAAUUCACCGAGCCUUCUGGAGUCUGCGUGAAUCCGCGCACCAAGGAUAUUAUCAUUGCCGACACGAACAAUCAUCGGAUUCAGGUGUUUGACCAGCACGGGAAGUUCAAGUUCAUGUUCGGCAAGUGCGGCCGAUGGGAGGGGCAAUUUAUGUAUCCGAAUAGGUAUGGCAUUGAUUUUUUAAGUCUAAAAUUUAAAAAAUUUUUUUGAUUUUCCUGCCCCCCCCCCUUCCAAUCCUCUUAUCUUAAAUUACCCCUCCCAUUGCUGAGUAUCAUAACUAUUUUCUACGUUUUCAGAGUAGCCAUAGACCCAGCAACCGAGAGCUACGUGGUCAGCGAACGUUCUCCAACCCACCAGAUUCAAAUCUACGAUGCCAAAGGCCGUUUCCAACGUCGCUUCGGCUCGGAUCUACUCUGUAACCCUCGAGGAUUGUGUGUGGAUAGCCAGAGUAGAGUAGUGGUUGUGGAAUGUAAAGUGAUGCGCAUUGUCAUAUACGACAUUAACGGCCGACUGUUGAAUUUGAUCACCUGUGGAAACCACCUCAACUUUCCGAAUAACGUCUGUGUCAGCAAGGAUUACGAGAUCUUUAUCAGUGAUAAUGGUGAUCAUUGUGUUAAGGUAGGGUUUAGUUUUUGGUUUUGGUAGGCUUAGCAUUUGUAGGUUUAGGCUUAGUAAGCUUAGGCUUAGUAGGCUUAGGCUUAGUAGGCUUAGGCUUAGUAGGCUUAGGCUUGGUAAGCUUAGGCUUAGUAAGCUUGAGCUUAGUAGGCAUAGGCUUCUAGGCUUAUGCUUCAAGGCUGAGGCUUCUAGGCUUAGGCUUAGUGAGAUUAUCCUUAAUAGGUUUUUAGAGAGUAAUUUCAAAUUUUCAGGUGUUCAACUACUCUGGUCAAUUCCUUCGCCGUGUCGGAGGCCCAGGCCUUACCAACUACCCCAUUGCCGUGGCCAUAACUCCACUAAAUCAAGUUGUAGUAGUCGACAACCACAACAACUUUAAUGUUACCGUGUUCUCGUUGGAAGGCCAGUUGAUAGACGCCUAUGAAAGCAAGGUAAAGCACGCUCAAUGCUUGGACGCAGCUCUCACUCAACAUAAUACAGUAAUCAUGUGUUCAAAGGACUUUAGAACCUAUAUAUACCGAUUGGGACAAAGCGGGGAUUUUGAUGGAAAAUGUCAAAUGUGUGGCUAUAUUGGGUGUGGACAUCAGGUAAGGGUAGAAAUUUGAAAAAGAUAGACAGAGUAUGGCAAUCUAUACUUAAGACAGAGUUAACGUGGGAAUAGCGGUAGAAAUAGGGACAGGAGUAGAGGUAGGAUGAAACUAUUAGGUGCCGACAUAAAGACCCCGCCAUACUUUUACUGUAAUUUCCUGUAAAAAAUGGCGGGUUCUUCAUGUCGGCACAUAAUAUAACAAAAAUUUUUAAAAAAAUUCAUAGAACUAAUCAUUUCAGCAACCAGCCCAGCUCCUAACAGCCCGUGGCUCACCCGUCAACCCAUCCACCCCUUCAACUCUGCCAUCAACAGUCCAGGAAGAUCAGAAAAACAUCCGCCGCCUCGAAAUCAAAGCCAGUGCCGAGGAGGAAUCGGAACGAUUGCGACGCUUUUUUAUCGAAAUCACCAUACCCGACAACUGA